AUGUCGUUGACCCCGAAGGAUAAAUUGUAUCCCUACUCCCAAGAGAUGGCUGACCGAUACCUUCUUGCUUCCAACCUCCCUGCUGAGAGCACCCGCGUCCCCGAGCGCAGUGCCAAGAAGUUCCAGGCCCAGGCUGAGCUCAAGGAGCAAAAGCUUGCCGCCAUUGCUGCUAACAAGAAGACCAACCGUGCCUCCAGGAACGCUUUGAAGCUCCGCGCUUUGAAGUACCAGAAGGAGUACAAGUCUGAGGAGCGUCGCCUCAUUGGCCUCCGCCGUGAAGCUAAGAAGUUCGGCAACUACUUCGUUGAGCCCGAGGAGAAACUUGUUUUCGUUGUCCGUCUUGCCGGUAUCAACAAGCUCGCUCCCAAGCCCCGCAAGAUUCUGCAACUCUUGCGUCUUCGCCAGUUGAACAACGGCGUUUUCGUCAAGGUCAACGGACCUAUGAUGCAGAUGCUCCGUACCGUUGCUCCCUAUGUUGCCUUCGGUUACCCCAGUGUUUCCACUGUCCGUGAGCUCAUCUACAAGAGAGGUUAUGGCAAGAUCAACAAGUCUCGCAUCCCUUUGAAUGACAACAAGCUCAUCGAUGAGAAGCUCGGCCAGUUCGGCAUCCACGGUAUGGAGGAUCUCAUCCACGAGAUCUACACUGUUGGACCUCACUUCAAGGAGGCCAACAACUUCCUCUGGCCCUUCAAGCUCUCUUCCCCUAAGGGUGGCUUCAUCCGCAAGCGUCACGGCUUCAACGAGCUCCGCGGCGGUGACUGGGGCAAUCGUGAGCAGUUCAUGAACAAUCUCAUCAAGAGGAUGAACUAAGCAUCUAACCAUUCGCGAUCAGCUAUGGUGUUUUCGUGGUCUGCUUAUCGCGAUGCCCCGUAGCUAGAUGUGGAGGUUUCUACUAGAGGCUUCUCGAGUAGCCGCUUGGGA